GCGCGGGGCGGGGCUUCCGGUCGGGGCAGAGGGGCUUCCGCCGGCGCGGCGCCCUGGAUGGCAGUGCUCAGGUCCGCGCUCGGGGCUCCUUUCGCGGCCGCCCGCGCCCGGCCGCCGCCCCUCGGCCGCCGCCCGCCCCCCGCGCCCUGCUCCGCCCUGGCCGGCGCCAUGGAGCCCGCUCCGCACUGGUUGGUGGGGCUGCGCUUCGACAACCGCGCCCUACGCGCGCUGCCCGUGGAGACGCCGCCGCCCGGCCCCGAAGGCGCCCCGUCCGCGCCGCGGCCCGUGCCCGGCGCCUGCUUUAGCCGCGUGCGGCCCGCGCCCCUGCGCCAGCCGCGCGUCGUGGCGCUGUCGGAGCCCGCGCUGGCGCUGCUGGGCCUGGGCGCGCCGCCCGCCGACGCCGACGCCCGCGAGGGCGAGGCCGAGGCCGCGCUCUUCUUCAGCGGCAACGCGCUGCUGCCGGGCUCCGAGCCCGCCGCGCACUGCUACUGCGGCCACCAGUUCGGCCAGUUCGCCGGGCAGCUGGGAGACGGCGCCGCCAUGUACCUGGGCGAGGUGUGCACUGCGGCCGGCGAGCGCUGGGAGCUGCAGCUCAAGGGCGCCGGCCCCACGCCCUUCUCCAGACAGGCCGACGGCCGCAAAGUGCUGCGCUCCAGCAUCCGCGAGUUCCUGUGCAGCGAGGCCAUGUUCCACCUGGGCAUCCCCACCACGCGGGCCGGGGCCUGCGUCGUGUCCCAGUCCACCGUGGUGCGGGACGUGCUCUAUGACGGCAACCCCAGGCCCGAGAAGUGUGCGGUCGUGCUGCGCAUCGCCCCCACGUUCCUCAGGUUCGGCUCCUUCGAGAUCUUCAAGCCGGCAGACGAGCUGACGGGGCGCGCGGGCCCCAGCGUCGGCAGGAAUGACAUCCGCGUGCAGAUGCUCGACUACGUCAUCAGCUCUUUUUACCCCGAAACCCAGGCUGCCCACGCCGGCGACAGUGUGCAGAGGCAUGCCGCCUUCUUCCGGGAGGUGACACGGCGCACGGCCCAGCUGGUGGCCGAGUGGCAGUGCGUGGGCUUCUGCCACGGCGUGCUCAACACGGACAACAUGAGCGUCAUGGGGCUCACCAUCGACUACGGGCCCUUCGGCUUCCUGGACAGGUAUGACCCUGACCACGUGUGCAACGCCUCCGACACCGCCGGGCGCUAUGCGUACAGCAAGCAGCCCGAGGUGUGCAAGUGGAACCUGCAGAAGCUGGCCGAGGCCCUGGACCCCGCGCUGCCCCUGGAGCUGGGCGAGGCCAUCCUGGCGGAGGAGUUUGAUGCUGAGUUCCGCAGGUACUACCUGCAGAAGAUGCGGAAGAAGUUGGGCCUUGUGCGGGCUGAGCUGGAGGAGGACGGCGCCCUGGUGGCCAAGCUCCUGGAGACCAUGCACCUGACAGGUGCCGACUUCACCAACACCUUCUACUUGCUGAGCUCCUUCCCGGCUGGGCCGGAGUCUCCGGACCUGGCUGAGUUCCUGGCUACGCUGACCGCACAGUGUGCCUCCCUGGAGGAGCUGAGGCUUGCCUUCCGACCCCAGAUGGAUCCCCGGCAGCUCUCCAUGAUGCUCAUGCUGGCACAGUCGAACCCGCAGCUCCUGGCGCUCAUUGGAACACGGGCCAGCCUCACGCGGGAGCUGGAGCGCGUGGAGCAGCAGUCACGGCUGGAACAGCUAAGCCAGGAAGAGCUGCACAGCAGGAACAGGAGCCACUGGGCAGACUGGCUCCGCGACUACAAAGCCCGGCUGGAGAAGGACAGGGAGGGCGCUGAAGACGCCGCCGCCGCCGCCUGGCAGGCUGAGCACGUACGCGUCAUGCAUGCCAACAACCCCAAAUACGUCCUGAGGAACUACAUUGCGCAGAACGCCAUCGAGGCCGCCGAGAACGGCGACUUCUCAGAGGUGCGGCGGGUGCUGAAGCUGCUGGAGACCCCUUAUCACAGGGAGGGGGAGGCCGCCGAGCCUGCGGAGCCUGAGGCGGCCGAGGGGCGGCUCUCCUACAGCAGCAAACCUCCGCUCUGGGCAGCAGAACUGUGCGUGACAUGAUCCUCGUAACCGCCUUGGAGGCCCCUUCCCAGGGAGGCCCCGAGGCCGGAGUCCUCGAGUCCACGAGGCGGCGCCCCCCCAACCCGUCUCUCAUGACGCCAGAGACGUCCAGUCGGGAUCUGACCCGUCUCUGUCUGAUGCCGACUCGGCAGCGCAGCCCAGCCCCGCGCUCGCGCUCCCCGACAUGCUGCUUUGCACAAGGCCAGCUCGGCAGAGGGGCCCAGUGGGUUGACACGCAGCCCGCGCCCACCUCGCCAGCCUAGGCAGGGAGACACCGCUCCCAAUAAACCAGCCGCUUCCUCGGA